CUCGUCCUUUUUCGUUCGUCCUCAGUGCAGGAUAACGGAGCACCCAUUGCCCUAAUCUCCUCUCAACAUCAAAGAUACGAGUAUUUCUUUUUUUUUUUAUCCUUCUCACUGCUGCUGAUACCCUGUCCACCACACGACUGAUACAGAGGAUCGCGCCUGAAAGUGUGAAGUUUUUUUUUUAGAGAUCUCGCGACUGGUGACUAUGGAUGUGAUCGUGCGUCGGUGUCCGUUCCUGGCUCGUGUGCCCCAGGCCUUCUUCCAGCAGUCCAAAAAAUCUAUGGUAGUGUAUGCCCAGCGAUGCCCUAUCAUGAUGGAGCUGGCCUCAAAACCUAUGGCCCCAUCAAUGGUACGGGCCCUCUGUUCAUCCUCCUCCCACCAGAAGACUGAGGACACCAUGCCCGCUGUUGAAGGCCCCAAACAAGAAGUCAAGCCCAAGCUGCCUGCUGGACACCCUAUGCCGCCCUCAGGCCAGGCGGUGACCUCCAAAUGCCCUUUCCUGGCUGCUGAGAUGGGCCAGAGGAACAGCAGUGUGGUCCGCCAGGUUGGCAUGGAGUUCCAAGAGGAUGUUCAGGAAGUCCGCACUGUCCAGAAAGAAGUGUCCCCUGCCCAGUUGAAGAAGCCGUCCUUGGCCAGUACCACUAAGGGAAGCGGAGGGGAGCCGACUAAUCUAAUGAAGACCCUCCUGAAACAGCGACCUAAAAGCGUUUCCCACUUGCUGCAGGACAACUUGCCAGGCAGUAUGUCCCGCUUCCAAUAUGAUGACUUUUUUGAGAAGAAGAUAGAAGAGAAGAAGAGUGACCACACAUACCGCGUGUUUAAGACCGUGAAUCGUCUGGCGAACGAGUUCCCCAUGGCCGACGACUUCACAGGCUCUCUAGCAGAAAAGAGGGAGGUGUCUGUGUGGUGCAGCAACGACUAUCUAGGCAUGAGUCGACACCCUCGAGUCGUUCAGUCCAUUAUGGAUACUUUACGAAAGCACGGGUCAGGUGCAGGAGGCACCAGGAACAUUUCUGGGACCAGUAAAUUCCACGUGGAGCUGGAACAUGAACUGGCUGACCUCCACAAGAAGGAUGCCGCACUGCUCUUCACCUCCUGCUUUGUGGCCAAUGACUCAACCCUCUUCACCCUCGCUAAGAUGCUGCCUGGGUGUGAGAUCUACUCUGAUGCAGGCAACCAUGCCUCAAUGAUCCAGGGUAUCAGAAACAGUGGUGCUAAGAAAUUCAUUUUCCGCCACAAUGAUGUGGCCCAUCUCCGAGAGCUGCUGCAGAGGGCAGACCCCUCCAAACCGAAGAUCGUGGCCUUUGAGACCGUCCAUUCCAUGGAUGGUGCUGUGUGUCCACUUGAGGAGAUGUGCAAUGUGGCCCAUGAGUUUGGUGCCAUCACCUUCGUAGACGAGGUUCACGCUGUGGGCCUGUAUGGUGCUAGAGGAGGGGGCAUUGGAGACAGGGAUGGCAUCAUGCACAAGAUGGAUAUCAUCUCAGGGACACUAGGCAAGGCCUUUGGCUGUGUGGGUGGCUACAUUGCGAGUACCGCUGCCCUGGUGGACACGGUGCGUUCCUAUGCUGCUGGUUUCAUCUUCACCACCUCUCUGCCACCGAUGCUGUUAGCGGGAGCCAAGCAGUCCAUCCAGGUUCUCAAAGGGGAAGAGGGCCGCGCACUGAGACGUAAACACCAGCGCAACGUCAAGCUCCUCAGACAGAUGCUGAUGGACUCCGGGCUGCCCAUGGUGCACUGUCCCAGCCACAUCAUCCCAGUCCGGGUGUCAGACGCGGAGAAAAAUACAGAGGUGUGUGACAUCAUGAUGAGUCGCCAUAACAUCUACGUGCAGGCCAUCAACUAUCCCACUGUUGCCAGGGGAGAAGAGCUCCUGCGUAUCGCUCCAACACCUCACCACACCCCUGAGAUGAUGAAAUACUUUGUUGAGAGGCUGGUGCACACAUGGAAGGAGGUGGGCCUGGAGCUGAAGCCCCACUCGUCAGCAGAGUGUACGUUCUGUCAGCAGCCGCUGCACUUCGAGCUGAUGAGCGAGCGAGAAAGGUCUUACUUCAGCGGCCUCAGCCACCCUAUCUCAGCCUGCGCAUAA